CACCAACACCACGAUCAUAGCGCUUUGUUGUCGCCCAGGUCUCUUUUCUCAUAUCGCUAGUGCCUAACGCGGGUACCACCGAGGGCUAACGGCUGCAUUACCGCUAUCGGGCUCAUCCUUGCUAUGCUUCAUGCAGGGCCUCACAAGCUGAUACUUUCACCCUCGCUGCGGGUAGCGGGUCGGGUUGCAUGGGGCGGGGCGCGAGCGACUUAGCAUACCCUUAUCAUCCACUAGGCACCUCUUUGUCACAUAUUCCCUAUUGCCUGAACACUUUGCCUGUACUUUCCAUUUCCUCACCUUUGGCGAACUAUCACAUCAACAUACCUCUUCCAACACUACGACAUGGACAAGACUCCUUCGUCUCACACCGUAGCACAAGCGGAGGCAAGUCAUGCUGAAAAAUCUGCUUCGCUACAGUCUACCGCCUCCCCAGACACAGGUGACAUUGACGAAGCCGGAUCGGAAGGCUAUCUGCCUGGUGCCAAAGUCUCUCUCGGGAAGAAACAGUUCUGGAGUGUCUUCUUCGGUCUGAAUUUGGGUAUGCUGUUAGUGGCCAUCGAUUUCAACAUCGUUGCCACGGCCGUUCCAACCAUCGCGUCCGAGUUUCAUGAAUACAAAAACUCUGCGUGGCUUGCCACUGGCUUUCUCGUCUCCCUCGCCCUAGUGUUGCCAAUCUAUUCUAAGCUUGGCAGCAUAUUUGGCAAUGAUAUCAUGUUUAACAUUGCCACUCUUAUCUUUAUCCUUGGUAGUGGACUCUGUGGCGGCUCUAAAAGCAUGAAAAUGCUCGUUGCGUCACGAGUUAUUCAAGGAAUUGGCGGGGGUGGCAUCUAUGGCCUGGUCAACGUCAUUGUUACCGAUCUUGUCCCGUUGAAGGAUGUGGGCAAGUAUCUCUCUAUCACUGGUCUUAUUUGGGUCGUAGCAGAUGUUGCCGGGCCUCUGCUUGGAGGUGUUUUUUCUCAGUACGCUUCAUGGAGGUGGUGUUUUUACAUUAACCUCUGCAUCUCGCCGAUCAGCUUAGCCAUCUCCCUCUGCUUCCUGAAGCUGCCCAAGACCUCAAGGGAUACGUUUACAACUAGCUUUCUCCAGCUAGACUAUCUCGGCAUUCUCGUCCUGGUGGGCGGAACGGUCUGUAUCCUCCUCGGCGUCUCUUGGGGUGGCAACACAUUUGCUUGGAGUGACGGGCAGGUAGUGGGCUGCCUUAUCGGGGGGUUCGUGCUUCUGGUCCUCUUCAUCGUUAUCGAACAUCGUGUGCGCGAUCCUCUGAUAGAUCCGUCGCUAUUCCGCAGCCAUACCGUACUUGCUAUCACGGCUGCAGAGUUCUUCUUUGGGGCCAAUCUCAUUGGCCUCAUGUACUACAUUCCGCAGUUCUUUCAACUCGUGUUUGGAGACUCAGCCACUAUAUCUGGAGUUGGCCUACUGCCUAUGAUGCUGGGCCUUGGGGUAGGCAACCCUAUUGCGGCUUUCAUCACGUCACGGUACGAAUUGAGCCUCAUCAAUGCUCAAGUUGGGGCUGCUUUGAUGACACUUACAAGCGGUCUCAUGGCCCGCUGGAAUGUACACACGAGUCGCGCUGAGGCUGUUGUUCUCCUUAUAGUCUUAGGAAUGGGACAAGGCGCGGCCAUGUCCGGACUGCUUCUUACUGCCCAGGUCGCCACCCAACCGCAUCUCAUCGGCAUUGUCACCGGUCUCGUCAUCUUCGUCAUGACAGUUGGAGAUAUUUUCGGCGUCGCCUUUUUUGCGGCAGUGUACAUCAACAAACUUCGAGCGUCUCUCGCAAUCCUCACACUAACCCCUGCUCAAAUUACCGACAUUUUACAAGACGUGCAGUCCAUCAAGCAUGGUUACUCUUCAGAGUUGAGGAAGGAUAUAAUCGCCGCCUAUGCAGAGAGUAUGCGUAACGGCUGGUGGUUAAUGUUUGCAUGUGCCGGUGCGUUGUUUCUAUUGACAUUUCUGGCCAAGCAAAACAAGUUCAAAGCUCCUACAUCAAGUUAGACAAGGAAAAUGUGCGAGGAACGUGGCUUGGUUUACCAUUUACUGGGAAUGUACGGGUUCAGUCCAGCUCAGGUGUUGCUUGUGGUUGGGCCUUCAUCGCUGUAGUAUUGCUUACGAAAUACCACGACCUGAGAUAUCAUGACAAUGUAGAAUGUAUCUGAAUGAAUACUACACGUUUCCCCCGCCCAAUACCUCAUAUACCUAGCCCAGAGAAUUUCUGCGACAAUCGAGGAACCUGUCAGUUGCUUGACGAGACAUUCAUUGAUAGGCUGCCUAUUCUAGAUAGCCCCAAUCCUUCAAAUCCACUGUUUUCUAUGAAAAGCCGGGUCUUGCAGCGAACACGUUGCACUGUGCCACGAAAACUGAUACCGCUAAACUUUGGUUUGAU